UUAAAAUGUAAUGUUUAAAUAACGUUUAUAGAAAACACAAAAAUAAUACACGAAAUAAUUUCCAACACAUAUUUCAACAUGAAAAAAAUACAUAUAAAUAUAAUCAAUAUUACACCUUGAGUUGAAUCGCGAAAACAAAAGUAAAAAAAAUCAAUGUUUUUAUAUGAAAGAUAAAAUUAUUUUUCUACUCAAAUAACUUGUAGCUAUCAAAUGACAAUUUAUUAUUAUUUACUUUGGCUUUGACUGUGUGGUGGUGAUUUUUACAUGGAGACUUGAAGAGUUCGCCACUAUGACUAGGUUCGCUCAAUGUUGUGUUGUCAUGGUUUUUUGUUGUCUUGCUCAGUCUUCCUCGCUUGUCGACAGGUAAAUUCGUCAAUCGUUACUUUGUCAGUCGUUUGCACAAACUCAAGCUGAAUUUAUCAAACAAUAUUUGUUAAUACUCCAUUAAUAUAUUUUUCAUAUGAAAACCAUGAAAAUUAAAUUGAAGAUGAAUUUUGGAGUAUUUAUAAAAAUAAUUAAUGGAAAAAAAAAAUUAUCUACCAACUUGAUAAAUCAACUGACGAGUUUAAACCAAAAAGAAAUUAAAAAAAAGAAGAAAAACUGCUGAGAAAAUGUGAAGAAUUUUUCGGGUCUAAAAUGGUAAAUAUUUACAUAAUUUUUUAAAAUUAAUAUUCAAUUAAAACGUAAUGUUUAAAUAACAUUUAUAGAAAACACAAAAAUAAUACACGAAAUAAUUUCCAACACAUACUUCAACAUGAAAAAAAUACAUAUAAAUAUAAUCAAUAUUACACCUUGAGUUGAAUCGCGAAAACAAAAGUAAAAAAAAAUCAAUGUUUCUAUAUGAAAGAUAAAAUUAUUUUUCUACUCAAAUAACAUGUAGCUAUCAAAUGACAAUUUAUUAUCAUUAAAAUAAUAUUUUAAUAAAUAAAUUUAACAUUAUCAAUAUAAAUAUCAAAUUAACUUCAUCUACUUUUGACACUUGAUCUUAAAAAUCACAAUAAAAAGCUCGAAAUAAUAUAAUAAAAAUAAACAAUUGUCAUUUUGCAAUUAAAAAAAUGUCAUUCUUAUUCCAUUACUACAACAGACAGUACCUCGUCACUAAUUUUAUGCAAGUUAUAUUUUUCUUUACACACACAUACAACAACAGUUUCUGAUAAUUCUGGGAAUCCCAGUGUUUUAUUCAUCAAUAUGUUUGUGUCAUCAAAAAAAUUACUAAUUAAUUUAUGUAAUUAUUUACGUAAAUUAAUUAUAAAAAUAAUAUUAUUAAAAAUAAUUUCACGUACAUUACGUAUUAAUAUAAAUAAAUUAAUGAAAAAAACAGUUCCAGUUAGUGUUAAUUAUCAUUUUACAAGACAGUGUAAUUACAGCUGUGGAUUUUGUUUUCAUACAGCAAAAACAUCAUAUGUAUUACCUCUGGAUGUUGCUAAACAUGGCUUGACACUUUUAGCAAAUGCUGGUAUGAAAAAAAUUAAUUUUUCUGGUGGUGAGCCAUUUAUUAAAGCUGAAUUUAUGGGUGAAUUAAUUAAAUAUUGUAAAAUUGAUUUAUCAUGGGCAAAUAUUAAUGUAUCAAUUGUUAGUAAUGGUAGUUUAAUACGUGAAAAUUGGAUGCGUUGUUAUGGUGAAUAUGUUGAUAUACUUGCAAUAUCAUGUGAUUCAUUUGAUAAACCAACAAAUGAUAUUAUUGGUAGACGUCAAGGUUCACGUACUGAUCAUGUUGGAAAACUAAAAAAAGUUAAAGAAUGGUGUGAUUAUUAUAAAAUUGCAUUUAAAAUAAAUACAGUUAUUAAUACUUACAAUCUUCAUGAAGAUUUUACAAAUAAUAUUACUCAACUUGGACCAAUUAGAUGGAAAGUAUUUCAGUGUUUAUUACUUGAAGGUGAAAAUUCUGGUGAAGAUGCAUUACGUAAUGCAAAACCUUUUUACAUAACUGAUGUUGAAUUUGAUGAUUUUUUAAAACGACAUAAAGGAGUUGCCAAUAUGGUACCAGAAAAUAAUACUGAUAUGUGCAACAGUUAUUUAAUUCUUGAUGAGUAUAUGCAAUUUUUAAAUUGUCAAGGUGGCAAAAAAAUUGCAUCGAAAUCAUUACUUGAUAUUGGAGUUGAUGAGGCACUUGGAAAAUCUGGUUUUGAUGAAAAAACAUUUUUUAAACGUGGUGGUAUUUAUGUUUGGAGUAAACGAGAUUUACUUGACUGGUGAAUCUUUGUUUUAUCCUUUAAUCAUUCACAAAUAUGAUUUAAUCAUUAUUAAAAUUGAACAGCUUAUAUUGAUUUAAAAAAAAUAAUGAUAACUUAUUGUAAACAAUGAAAUACUUACGAAAAAAUAAAUAUCAAGAUUUAUUAUUUUUUUUUUUAUUAUUAUUUGAAAAUGUUUAUUGAAUUUUUGUUGAGAUAUUUCUAGAUGACAUAGUUUCAGGUGCUAUUUGAAGAAUCUAUCAAUGUGCCAGAUGAUUUAUCAAAUUAACUGAUAUUUUUUAUGUAAUUUUCAGCAAUCCAGUACCAUGAUGAAUUUUAAUUUUAAUAUUGAUAUUUUUUGUCUAGCAUUAUAAUCCAUGUUAAAGGUCAUUUUUCCAAAUGAGAUGCCUGGAAAAUAUUUAAAGAAAUUAACAUUUUAUUAAUUUAUAAAAUUCAAAAAGUAUAUAUUCACCUGUUGAGUGAUUUAUUGAUGAACUUGUUAAAUG